AUGUGUGUAUCCACCGGGGAUGCGCGAGAGAAUGCAAAGGUAGGCGCGUGCAAUUCCUCCUUCGGUCCAUCUAUUGACAAGACUGGCCCGAUCAUCAGGAAACAAGAUGAUCUUUCGAGGAGACUGCAAGAUUGCCAGACCCUAUUAAAGGAGACAGAGACCUAUGUGCCCUCGCACAUAGCUGGACGCAUCCAGAGGAUUUUGCUUACCUUGCUGGGUCCACCUUGGGUAAACCCGUGGCUCAUACUGGAAUGUUGGGCUCUAUGGCAGGAUUCAGAUUCGGGCUACGUAUCCAAUGACAUAUCGAACGAGUGGAUAUUGCCCGUGGAAAAGCCCCAAGAGGAGAUGGAGGACAAGCCAGCCAGCUCGCCGUCUUCUGUCGGGUCACUGAGCGACUUGGACAAAGUCAAAUACGACGUCAAUUCCACAUACAAAACGCGCGCCACGGGGCUCAUCGGCAAGAGCUCGGAAAUUGCUUGGAUGGAACGGCUGCAGAAAGAGAGCGAACAAUGCAGCAGGAGUCAACCGGGGCAUCUUGGCCCCGGUGAGAAUGAUAAAGACAGCACCACGAGCGAUCAUUUUGGCCCUUACAAGGUGAACUACCACAUCGAUGAUCUCGAUAUAGGGGUAUCAGAGCCAGUGCAGAUGUACUGGGUGCCCCCUCGACCGCUUGCGGAUAAGCUUUUUGAGACUUACCUGCGUGUGGCUCAUCCUUACCACCCCAUCAUCAAUCGUCCUCUGUUUUGCGAUCAAUAUAAAAGGUUUUUUGACAGCUUUGCUUUGCCUGGGGACAAAUGGAUGGCGAUUUUGAACAUGGUAUUCGCCAUUGCCGCCACUUACGCUCACACCGCCGGAUUGGAGUGGCAUGGGGAUCACCAAGAUCAUCUACUCUAUCUGACGCGAGCUCGAAUGCUGAGCAUGAGUGGAGAUGAUGUGUUUCGCCACCCGGACCUUCAGCAAGUGCAGGUGGAGGGCUUGAUUGCGUUCUACCUUCUCUCAACGGAUCAGAUUCAUAGGGCAUGGAGGAUAUCGGCGUUAGCCAUACGCUCCGCAGUAUCUCUGGGAAUCAAUCUGAAGAGCAGCGGGCGAACGAUCACGAAUAUCUCCAAGGAGAUUCGGAACAGAGUCUGGUGGUCUCUAGUUGCCAUCGAGAACAAACUCGGUCUGAUGACAGGCCGGCCCACUUGUAUCUCAAGGAGAAUGUGUAGUUCGCCAUUACCGCUCCCAUUCGAUGAGAAUGGCCUACAAGAGAAAACAGCCACUUCGCUUCUCAAUGAUCCUGACCUCCGGGACCAUUGUGUGGAUAAUAUCAUGGCUAGUUCAUACCUGCGAAAAUCGCCUUCUGGCAAAGCCAGCACCGAAAGGGUUAUACCUACUGUUCACGAAUGGCUACACCGUCUUCCUGUUUCUUCUGGACUAUAUUUUCUUUAUUCUUGCGAUCUUACUAUGCUGAUGCAAGAGCUUUUAGAUCGUGUAUAUGCGGUGAAUGCUGUUUAUCAACCAUGGGGCACGCUUAAAACCCGGAUUCACGAGAUACAAGUAGGGCUCGAUAUGUGGCUUUCCUCACUCCCGAAUAGUUUGGAUUUCACUCGCAUGGAAGUCGGCGAUCAGGGCUCCGACGAGAAGAUACGACUGGCUUUCCAAUAUUACAGUGCACGAAUUAUGCUAGGUCGUCCAUGUCUUUGUCGACACGACAAGUUCAAUAUCCAGAAACACUCCAAAGAGGAACAAGAGUUCACCCAAGCUAUGGCUGUAUCAACCAUCCAGUCAGCCAUUCAAAUGGCUCUAUUGAUUCCAGAUGAGCCAAACGGUGGCCGAUUGGCUGAAAUCCAACCAUGGUGGUGUCUUCUUCACUACGUAAUGCAGACAACGACGGUCAUUAUCCUUGAACUCUCCUUCAACAGCUUUCACAUGCCAGAGGAAAAGGGCACCUUGCUGCAGUUGGCCAAGAAAUGUGUCCGAUGGCUCGACAGAACGUCCAAGCAUAGUUUUGCAUCCCACCGAGCAUGGCAGUUUUGCGGCAGUGCCCUCUGCCGGCUAGCACAGCAAAUGGAUUUGGACGUCAGCGAUUUGUCCUGGCAUCCCUAUCCCCAAGGGCAGCAAGAAAAUAUGGACACUUGUGACCUCUCAGGUGUGAACCAAUAUGAUGCAGCCGUCAAUGAUCACCCACUCCAGGAGUUCAUCGUGGAAGACCCGGCGGAGGGUUUCAAUAAGCCCCUGGCCAUGCUUCCGUCAGGUCCUGUCGAUGGUUUGGAAGUCGGUUCUCUACCUUCAACGGCAGCGGGAUAUGGUAGAGGCGGCGAAGGGCCAUUUGCUCAUGAUCCAAUCAGCGAGGAUUUCGUAGACUUCUUCUUCCAUGAACUUGGAAACAAAGAUUCUCGAGAGUGA